AUGCUGUCCUUACCACCCUUCAGGGCCAUGGAGGCCAAUACAAUUGCCUUUCAUCGCAACGUCAAGUCCAAGACGCCGGACGAACAUUUGAGUCCAAACAUCUUCUGGGUUGGAGUCCUCCACGACAACAAGACCCCCCACAAUGCGGACUACGAGACGGAUGUCCUGUGGAUCAAAUGUCGCGGCCGUACGAAAUUCGAAGAUAUCAGGAAGCAAUACCUGUUACGGGCUUCCCACAAGGAACCGAUCGUGUUCCGGCACAAUGGCAUCGUCGUGGCCUCGAUGGACACUGUUGCGGAACUGGACACCUUUGCUGACCGUGUCAUCGCCGUCGAAGCGAUCAAGCAAUCAGAACUGGCUUCUCGUACCAGCCCAGCGCGACGGGAUCCCCUUGAGGCCCUUUCCAGCCAGGCUCCGGCGAACGGAGGAUUGGUGAAGUCGGAUACGAGGAUUAAGCCUGAGCCUCAAGACUGGCCCGUCAAUGACGAAAAUCGAGUGUCCUCACCCAAACCACCAAGCACCGGGGGCAUCAGCAAAUCGGAGUCGCCUUCACGUCUCCUUGGACGGAAAGAGGCCGUUCAAGCGCACAAUACCCUUUCCGCAGGUUCUCAGGAUUACAUCACAGAGUGUGCCAUGCGUGAUUUUGUCCAUGAGCGUCUCGCAGAACUAUACUCCGGCUGUGUAGGAUCAGAGUCAUCUAUCGAACAUCAUCGGCGUGAGUUCGUUCAACAGUGGAAUACCAUGCCUCCGGACGCCCACGAAUGGUUUAAAAAACGAGCCCUCUUAUUUACUCGCGCCCACACUGCACCCACUCCUCAAUUGCUGGCGGAACUGCAUGAGUUUACAAGCCAUAACGCUGGGUUCUACCAGUAUUUUUCCUCGCGAAAAGCCAUUUUCGAGGUCUACGAGAUGACCUAUAAUUCAGAUCAAGCGUUUAUCAUGAUGAAACAAGACUGGGACAGAUUGAAUAAAGUUUCCCAAAACAUCUGGAUUGAACAAGGACGAAAACUGCGACAAACGUCUCUUCCGCCCUCGCUGUACUUGUCUACAACCGCGUCCUCCUCACCGUUCACUCAAAAUACUUCAAAACCAACUCCGUUGUCCCAAAUCGCUCCAGUCACAGCCAGUGCGACAACAGAUUGUCCCGAGUCCAAGCCUCUGCAGCAGCUUUCCCUGCAGAAUCUAUUUGCUGACAGCACUCCCGAGCUUCUUGAGGCUGCCGUGCAACAAGGAGUGAAGUUACUUGAAGAUUUGAAAGAGCCGCUCGGUCGCGUGGCGGUUGAAGAUGCAUCCCAGUGGCUGCAGGCUAUAGAGAAAGUCCAAAGUCAGGCUACGCAGCCCAGGACUAUUGUCGGUGUUGUCGGUAACACUGGGGCUGGAAAGUCAUCCAUCAUCAAUGCCAUGCUUGACGAGGAGAGAUUGGUGCCGACAAAUUGUAUGAGGGCAUGCACGGCGGUGGUUACCGAGAUUUCCUACAACACCAGCGAUGAUCCUUAUCGGGCUGAAAUUGAAUUCAUCACACAGGAAGACUGGGAAAAGGAACUCAAGGUUCUGUUUCACGAUCUUUUCGAUGGCAGUGGCAAUGUCUCUCGUGAAGCAUCCAAUGAGGAAAGUGAGGCGGGCGUUGCAUACGCCAAAAUCAAGGCUGUAUACCCCAAUUUCACGAGGGAGAUGUUGCAGAAUAGCUCAGUCGAGCAGCUGAUGAGGCACCCCAAUGUUCGAAACGUGCUGGGCAGCAAGCGAGAAAUUACCGAGUCCGAUUCCCUCCGCUUCUACAAGAAGCUCCAAUUCUUCGUCGAUAGCAAAGAGAAGACAGCGGGCGAGAAGGCUAAAGACAAGAAGCCUGCCAGAGAUUUGGAAUUUUGGCCUUUGAUCAAGGUUGUCCGUCUCUACGUCAAAGCCGAGGCACUCUCGACCGGCGCCGUCAUUGUCGAUUUACCCGGUGUUCACGAUUCAAAUGCUGCCCGCUCUGCCGUUGCCGAGGGCUACAUGAAACAGUGUACGGGUCUAUGGAUCGUGGCUCCGAUUACUCGAGCAGUCGAUGAUAAAGCCGCCAAAUCGCUGCUUGGUGACACCUUCAAGCGACAGCUCAAGAUGGAUGGUGGCUUCAAUACCGUCACCUUCAUUUGUAGCAAGACUGACGACAUCAGCCUCAUGGAGUGUCAGGACUCACUAGGACUCGAGGAGGAGAUGGGCGCAAAUUGGGCUAAAUCCGAUGAACUUGCCAAGGAAAGGCGAGUACUCAAGCAGCGGCUGGAGGAAUUGAAAGAGACCAAAGCCAUCUAUACGGCUUCCGCGGAUGAGGUGGAUGAAGUCCUCGAGGUCUGGGAGGCCUUGAAAGAUGACAUUGAGGAUGGGAAGACUGUUUUUGCUCCCCGUGAGAAUUCAACCUCCAAGAAGCGAAAGAGAAGCUCGAGCAGCGAGAAAUGUGGAAGGCGAAAGAAGGCUCGAACUCCAAACAGUGACGCUGAUAGCGACUAUGUCGAUAGUGACCAAAACUGCAACAAUUCCGACACAGAGACGGACGAAGAGGAGGAUCAGCCUGAAGAGACUCGUGCUCCCCUCACUAAAGAAGAGAUCACUGAGAAGAUUCUGGAACUCAAGACGACGAAGAAGGAAAGCCGUCGCCAAAAGCAAGACCUCGAGGCUCAGAUCAAGGAAGUUCGGAAAAAGAUCUCAGACAUUAACGAAGCUGACGCGAAGAUCGAAGCUGAGAUGAGGGCGAUAGCUAUCUCCGGCCGGAACGAAUAUUCUCGAGGUGCGAUUCGGCAGGAUUUCGCCGCCGGAGUCAAAGAGCUUGACCAGGAACUCGCCGAAGAAGAGGACGCUGCCAACUUCAACCCAGAUGUCGAUGCUCGCGAUUAUGACGAGGUCGCGAAAUCUCUUCCUGUGUUCUGUGUUUCGUCCCGGGGCUACCAGAAGCUGCGAGGACGUCUGCGAAAAGAAGCCGACGUACCCGGGUUCCAGUCUGUUGAAGAGACCGAGGUUCCUCAACUUCAGGCUCACUGUAAGAAACUCACGGAAGUGAGCCGGGAAGCCAACUCGCGGAGAUUUCUGAACAGUCUCAGUCAACUUUUGAACUCUCUUCGCUUGUGGUCCACUCCAGACGGAGAUGGCAGCCAUCUCACUGACGGCCAAAAGGCCAGGCAGAAUACGAUGGUGCAGAAUAGAAUUCAGAAGCUCGAGAGUGAGUUGGGAAAGCACGUCAGAAGCGUCCAUCAGCAGAUACGAGGAGAAUUCGAUGACAAUAUAUUCGACGCCUGUGAGAACGCCCUCGCCCCGGCCGCGGCUGAGGCAAACAAAACUGUGCUUCGAUGGAGCGCGCCGGUUAACCGUAACGACCGCACCGCUGGAGGUUAUUUCUGGUCCACGUACAAGGCUAUAUGCCGCCGUAAUGGGGUCUAUUCAAACGCUCAAGGGCAUCACGACUGGAACGCCGAGCUGAUCGAACCUGUCAUCAAGGCCAUCGCCUCGGGCUGGGAGAAGACAUUCUCGCGGCGCGUCCACUCCCUUCUGCAGGGCGCUGCAUCUGAUGCUGGACGCUUACUGAAAUCUUUACAUGACGACAUUGAGCGGGAAGCUAGUCAGAACGGUCCAGUAGCAAGUCUCCAUUUGUUAUCUCAUCAGUUACGCAACUACCAGGCGCUUCUCAAAGAUGUUUGUAACGAAAACUUCGCGACGACUGUGGCCCAGGCAAAGGAAAUCAACCGCAUGUUUCAGCCCGUGAUUGCUACCGCUCUUGAACCCGCCUACCAAACCUGUGUUGCGGAACGCGGUACUGGAAGUUUCAUGCGAAUGAAAGCAGCCAUGGCGGCCCAUGUGGAACAGACUCGCUGGACCAUGUUCCGUGACAGUGCGGAUACUGUUAAACGAGCACUUGAAGAGAUGGUCAAGGCGGUUGAGGACAAAAUGCUCUCGAAAACCCAGGAAAUUCUGGCUUUUGUGAAACGAGAUUAUAUGUCAGCACUUGGCGGCAGCCUCUUGGCUUCGAACAGAGCCUUGCCUUCGGGUCAUCGUGUCGCGCGUGAUGAUGUCUUUCAGAAGAUCAACACAGGGGAAGUGGCCUUCAAGCGCUUGGCGGAUCCCCAUUUUGAGGAAGACGAUUCGAAACCCAAACAAGACGAGGAGGGGAAAGUCGGUGAUGAGGAUAAGCCUGGCGUUCCAGACCAAUACGCGUCCACAGAACCUUCAGAAGAGGCCAUGAAAGACACAGACAUUGGCGCAACCGAACUUCCUGACAGCGCUGUCAUUGAUCUGCCUAUCGGAGAGGCCUCCCAGGAAAGCUUUGCUUCACCACCAGAUGAUUAG